CAAUCGUGGUUGUGUUUGGUGCAAUUCAUUUGAGCCUCUGAAUAUGGAAAUGGUUAUAAAAUACCAGAAGUUUGUCGAUUUUUGCUAUCAUCUUUUCAAACAUGUAUCCCCUCUUUGGCCCCUUCUCCACUGGAGGGGGGAUCUUCUGCGCUUUGAGGUGCAAUCUGAUUGACUUUUGUGCUUUUGUCUGAUCUGUUGCAAUUUGGAAGGAGCGAUAUAAGCUCUUUCUAUUUUCGGUUGUUAUGAAGCAUUUGCGAGCCCUUUUUGAUUGCUUGAUGUUUGCGAGUUCGUUUUCUUUCUGUUGCAAAAUCAGUAUGAGGACGCAUAUACUGGUUUUAUCAAAGGGUCGACAUCGGUGUUGUCUCCCAGGAAAAGCUCCUUUGGAUUGGAUGUCAUUGGCGAAGUACUACCCUAUAUCAUGCGGUCAGCUUUCUACGAGCAUCUCGAAAACGAUCCAAGGGGCUUCAUGCCCGCUGCUGAGGAUGCGUUUUUCGACCAUGGGCCAUCUUUUCCGCCAUCGCCUCCCAUUUCAGUCGUUGACCGGCUCCCCAGAAAGUUGAAAGACGUGGUUGAUGAGCUGGAAACAACGGGUCGGGGUCUUGAUGGCUCAAGCGAACUGUGGGAAAUGGCUUCACCAGGCAACUGUAGAAGCGCGCCGGAGAAUAUGCAGUUCCUUCGGUUCCGAGCCUUAUCCGUGCAGGCAAACGACCAAAAACUCUUGGAACCUUUCUUUGCAAAAUCGUACCUGAGGCCUGCCACAUUUCACGAGGAACUCUCCAAGGAGAAUAGGCUCCACGUACCAGCCUCGCCCAAGCAAUUUCUUGUACCCCUCAGCAGGAGUUUCUCAGUAGGCUCCCCGGGCUUACGACCAACAAGACUCUCUGUCCCUACUCCCCCAAAACGCUCUUCGUCUCUCACGUUUUCCAAGCUCGCUCGUCGUCCGUCUACGUCUCGAUCGCUUUCAAUUAGCAGCAUCAAGGAUCUGAAAGACAUCUUGUCACAAAACGAGGAGCCCCUUUUUCUUGACAUUCACAAGAGAAACGAUAUCCAGCUUAUUUUCCCUCCCUCAUUUUUGAGUCCCGGUGCAUCUCCUCAGCGUAAGCCGAGCUCGAAAUCAUUCGACAGUCUCGUUCGCUCAAACUCGACCACACCAACUUCGAGAAAGUCCACACCCUUAAUCUACAGAUCUAAGUCUGCUGCGAGUCUUUACAGCAAGGGAUACAAGCAAGCAGUUUUUGUUCCAAGAUUUAUUAUCGAUCAUUCAAAAAUGCCACAAUCUCACCAUCAGGAACGUUCGGGUGAAUCCGUUGGGUCGACUCGGGCACAAGCUGGAGAGUCUCGGGAUGAUUUGCAGUCGCUCGGCUCCACCUUUCGCGAUAUGAAUCAGACAUGCAUCCAGCGGAACCCCAGUCGUAGGGAGCGGCUUUCCGCGCUCUUGAGAAAAGUAUCCACGCGUGUUCAGCUUCCCAGGCACUCUGCCGUCUUUCGCAAGGAGAGAUCAUCAAAUAUUUUUGCACUGGCCGAGGAUCCCGAAGCUCUUGGGGCGUCCGUGGUUGCCAUUGCCCCUAUCUUUGGAACGGAUGCACCGGAUCUCUCUCUAGAAUUCCCGUCGAGUGAAGCCAACGAGCAAGUUAUGAGCCCUCACAAUUCCCGUUUGGAGGAAGAAUUCGAACCUCUUUCUCGCAUGCAUUCGAUGGACAGCAUGGCAGCAAAGAUGGGGCACACGGUUUCGACAAUCGCGAAACGGCUCAGCACUAUCUUCCUCCGUGGGGUCAAUAAAAUCCUAAAUUCUUCUGACGAGGAAUUUCCGGAGGAUCGGAGCGAUGACCUUUCCUAGUGUUGGAUGGAGAGAGCCAUGGAGUUCGCCUCCGACUUCCUUAAAACAUAGCCUCCGCUGAGUCUCGGCAGUCUAUGCAAUGAAGGCAUCGAGCUUUUCAUACCUCAGUCUUACUCAGCCCUAACCGUGCUCUCUGGAAGAGCAGGACAUAGUGUGGUAAUUAUUGUGUGCAAAACAGUUGAUGGGCAGGAUAAUCGAGUUUUGCUUUACUGUACUACUAGCAAUUUACUGCCCCUUCUUUUCUCAAUAUCAAUUGGCGAACGGUUGCUGUAAUCUCCGGCUCAAACCUCAG